AUGGCAUUUUCUUUUGCUGCAAAAUUUUCUAUUAAUUUUGUAGCAAAAGAACUAUCAACUCCAACUACUAUAUUAUGGACUAAUAGCUCUACGAAUUUAUUUCUAACUUCACAGUCAACUAUGGCUCAUUCAUCAUCUUAUACUGCUAAAAAAGUAAUAGAAAAAAAGAAAAUUUAUACAGAAACUAUUAGAAUUAUAUGUAAAGCAAUUAAUAUUGCUAUUGAGAUAAAUGACCCAAAUGUUCUUAGGUUUUUAAAAGAAUAUAUUACUAAAAAAAGACAUUCACUUGUUGAAAAUACAACUAGUAUAUCUUACUUUGACCAAAAGGCAAAUAUGUUUAAUGAAUAUUUCAAGUAUGAUAUUAUUGAAGCCUCAUUUACUAGAGUUUCUAAUCCUAUUAAAAAGGUUAGAAAAGGUCGAUCACCAAAAACAACAUGUAAUCAAUCAUUAUUAGAGAGACAACCAUUAAGAAAUAAAGGGAAACAGUCUGAAUUAACUUGUAGUUAUAAAACAAAUACAUGUAGUAAAUGUGGUAGCAAGGAUUAUAAUCACUGA